AUGCUCAAAAUUCCUGAAACAAUGUCAAUAAAGAAAUUUAACUUGCCAGAUUUUUCAUAUGGGGAUGAGAUUGAUUAUUAUGCUGUAUCACCAACAAUAUUGCAGUUAGAUCACCAAGAGAUCGUUGAAACAGACCAUUCAUCUGGCAAUCGUCUAUUGAAUGGUGAUUCAGUAAAUGAGACAGCUACUACUAAUUCAAAUCUCGAUUUAGGAUUAAAUAAAGAAGCUGAUUAUCUAUUCUCAUUUGAAUUAGAUACCAAUACACUUCCGUUAGAAUUAUUGAAUAAAGAUUUAGAUACUCCAGAUUUUAAUUGGACAGAUUUAUUACCCGACUCCAAUGAAUUAGUAUCUCUGGACGAUAUUAAUCCUGGUAAUUUUCAAAAUCUAAACAAAUUAAGAAUGAGAAAGUGA